AGCCACACUCGCAGUCUCACGUCUUCACCUUUACUUCUCUAUCUUCUGAGACUACAGAUAUGAGAUCCACCAAUCCUAAAGGACUUACCGUGUUCUCUCUCUACCAUUAUCCACCAGCAGAAAAAGAGGAAUAGGCGAGCAGGAUCAAGUGAGACAAGUCUUUCAAGGUUCCAUAUCCCCUCCACAUAUCUCAUUUGUGAUCACAUCAGUAUACCUCUCCUUCCUCCAAAGAGCACGUUACACCUCUCCAUAUCUAUAUCUGGCUGUUGUUCUUAGAAGAUCUUAUCUUCCACACUUCCACAUCGCUUUUGGCAGAUCCGAAUGCUGCAGCAGGACCACACUUCUCUCUCUCUCUCUCUCUCUCUCUCUCUCUCUCUCUCUCUCUCUCUCUCUCUCUCUCUCUCUCUCUCUCUCUCUCUCUGUUUGCUCGAUCGAAUGAUUAGUGUCAUGAUUCAAACAUCAUUUUCUGUACAUGCAGAACUACCAAACAGGUACUGCAUCACAUAGAUCAGAACUACCACCGAGUUCCACGCUAUCAUGGACAUGAUCCCCAACCCUGACAAACCUUCCUCCUCCGACAGCUGCGUCGCUGGCCCCAACUCCUUCCCCGCUGCCACCGCCCCGUCGCCGAGCCGGUACGAGUCGCAGAAGCGGCGAGACUGGAACACGUUCUGCCAGUAUUUGAAGAACCACCAGCCACCGUUAUCACUGUCGCGGUGCAGCGCCGCCCACGUGCUCGAGUUCCUGCGCUACCUGGACCAGUUCGGCAAGACCAAGGUCCACACUCCGGCGUGCCCCUUCUUUGGCUUCCCCAACCCACCCGCCCCAUGCCCUUGCCCCCUCCGCCAGGCGUGGGGAUCCCUUGACGCCCUCACUGGCCGCCUCCGUGCCGCAUUCGAGGAGAAUGGUGGCUCGCACGAAGCCAACCCCUUCGGUGCACGAGCUGUCAGACUCUACCUCCGCGAGGUCCGCCAGUUGCAGGCAAAGGCUCGCGGCAUCAGCUACGACAAGAAGCGCAAGAAGCCACCACGGACGACGCCUUCGCCCCCGCAACAUCAUCACAACCCUCACAGCCCACCAUCCGGCACCACUGCAGCUGCCUAAUCCCCACCAUUCGAAGUACUAUUAUCUAUACCUCUCGACCUCAUAUGAUGUGCAUGCCAUUGCCUUCAGUAGAGUUGCUAAUAUGAACCAUAUGUUCCUGCUAACAUGAAGGGUAGCAUACUGUUACCACUACUAGCAUGAGUAUUGGUGGUAGAGCCCUGUGCCUUGAACUGAUAGUUCAUCGUGUACCUUUUCCUUUGAG